AUGAAGUCGCCAGAGUGGGACUCGGCGUUGGAAGUGGUGAAGGCGCUGGAGUUGGGCUCGGCGUUGGUGAUGCAGUCGCCAGAGUUGGACUCGGCGUUGGAAGUGGUGAAGGUACCGGAGUCGGGCUCGGCGUUGGUGAUGAAGUCGCGGGAGUUGGACUCGGCGUUGGAAGUGGUGGAGGUGCUGGAGUCGGGCUCGGUGUUGCACCCACCACGAAAUGCUUUGACUCGCCAUCCUCAGAAAACGACUGACCUGUCUGGCUAUCCAAAGUUGUCCAAGCCCAACCGUUGUCGCUUCCCAGGAAUGUCCACGACACGGGAUUAUACGCGCCCCCAUAAUUGCUCACAGAUUCCACUUCAUAUGCAGAGACCGACGUUGUCGUAG